ACACUUCAUUGAGCAUGUGGCAGCACAGCAUCUAUCAAUGCCAUUCCCAGCCCUCUCAUUGGCUCCGGACUGUGAGAAACUCCAACAAGCCCAAGACCCACACAUUCAUAUGGAGAUUUAGGAGUAUAAAUAGGAGGGAGAACCAGAGGAAAGACAGUACAUAUCCAAUUGGCUCUUUACUGAGACUUCAGCUCAACAGAACUACUACUGCUAUAUCCAUUGGCACCAACUAUGAUUAGACAGAUGACUAACCCUAAGCAGCACCUCUCACUUACUAAGAUAAGGAAGCCAGUGGUGGAGAAGAUGCGUAGGGAUCGCAUCAACACCAGCAUCGAGCAGCUCAAGUCCCUCCUGGGUCCCGAGUUCCUCCGCCAGCAGCCCGACUCCAAGCAAGAGAAGGCCGACAUCUUGGAGAUGACUGUCUAUUUCCUGAGCCGCCAGCAGCAGGCAGGAAGUUCCUCCACUGCAGCAGCCAAUGAGGGCUACUCUCGCUGUGUGCAGGACGCUGUCAGCUUCCUGUCUCAGUGUGAGGUGAAGACACAGUCCUACAGCUCGCUGCUGAGCCACUUCCAGAGCCUGCAGACAUCCAGCCAACACAGUCAGGCUCCCUGGUCCUUCUCCCCGCCGGGCUCCCCAGUCCACCAGGCCACCACCAAGGGUGUGAUGAGCCCCGUCUCCCAUCCACUCUGGAGGCCCUGGUAGAGCAAUGCUUCAAACGUUUUCAUGUCAGACAAACGGAAUUGGACAGGCCAGUCUAUAUUAUGACAGGCAUGGACAGUGGUGUUCGGAGUGACGAAGGUCUAAUUCUUUUGCAUUUGGCAAGAGAUGCUACGUCGAUAGUCUUCAUCCAGAUGAAGCAAGGGCAUAUUUUGCCAGUAUUCCUUUGAAAGGAAGGAUUCUAUGAAAUGAUUCAGAUUGGUUUGGGAUACAUACUCUGUAUAUGAAAAUGUACACUGAAUUAACAGUGUUACUAUUAUGCAUGUUCUUGUCUGAGAACGAUAACUCUGAAAGUACAAACAGAGUUAAAUUAUGCUAAUAACAUACUUUUAUUGUAUGUCUAACCCAUAAUGGGUUGCUACUGUUUCUUUGGUGUCUGUGACACCACCUGUUUUUUUUGCAUUUAAAAAAAAAACUAUUUACAAUAAAUUGUCACAAUGGUACAAUGUAUCAAUUUGGUGAUGUAUGAAUAUUAUGCUACAAAUGGAUCCAAUGAAUCUACUUUAAAUGUACAUCAUGUCAUGAUUAUGUAAAAUGUAUGUUAUUAAUAAUACAAAUAUUCAAUGUUCAUUCUAACUUCGAAGAGACCCCAUUCAUAAAGGGAUGUUGUGUAUUCAACACGAGUUUGUGUAAGUUUGUUUGUUUGCCUUUAUUGAUUUAAAUUACACUAUUUGGAGUGACAUGUCAUCAAGCUUUUGAAAAUAAAUUAACUUCAAUUGAAGUUUCUCAACAUU